CACAAAUGCUGCGUCUGGACAAACGCGACUAUUCUUGGCUAAAUGGACACAGAUCACUAUAGAUUUCCCCAUUGACUCCAAUGUUAAUUCUCGUAUCUUAGACCGGCUCUAACUUUUUCCCAAAUUUUCGUUGGGUAGAACGCUUUCUACUACAGAUGGAGCAACAUGUGGCAACCACUUGCCCAAAAGCACGUAUGAGGUUCUUCAUGAAAAACUUGAGAUACACAAGCUGGAAGUAGAGACAAAUAAACAUGCAAUUUCAGGCCCUACAUUUCAACGUAACCAACCUCUCAACUCUUGUAUCCUUCCGCAUCAAAAUUAUGAAUAUUCACCAAAACCUGGCAGAAAAUGUAUUUUCAAACCCUUUUCCUCAAUUCUACGCCAUGCAAAAGGGGUAAAAAGGAAAAGGGAGAGGAAGACUAAAAAUAGCUUUGGCCCUUGUUUCGUCGUAGGAAUAUUUGGUGAUCUGUGUCCAAAUGUAAACAAUGGCAGUCAGUCAGUACUCUUGGCAAGUUUUAUCAAUGUCUUGAAAUUACGCAAAUUCUAGAAAGAUGUUGGGUAUAUGCUCAUCACAGCUAGCUUGUUGCUGUGGACCAGCAUCAUGUAGUUUAUGCUGUAGUUGUCUUCCACCAGUUAAAGAAUCAACAGGAACCCGAAUAAUGUACACAGUUUUCUUGGUAUUAGCUUUCACUAUAGCUUGUUUAAUGUUAUCACCAGAAUUACAUGACAUCAUACAACAAUCUGGUUUUAAUGAAACAUGUGUAAUGUUAGCAGCUGGUGAGAACUGUAGUCGUUUAAUAGGAUAUAAAGCUGUAUAUAGAGUUGGGCUAGGUAUCAUUGUCUUUCAUUUUAUACUCAUGAUAUUAACACCAUGUGUUCCUAACAGUAACCACUGGAGAGCAUCUAUACACAAUGGUUAUUGGUUUAUAAAGUUUUUGAUAUUAUGUGGUCUUUGUGCUGGUGCAUUCUUUAUACCUCCUGGUUAUAGUCUGUAUUGGAUGUAUGCUGGAAUGGUUGGAGGUUUUCUGUUUAUAUUGUUACAAUUGAUUUUACUGGUGGAAUUUACACAUUCAUGGAAUGCUAGAUGGUUGAAAAGAGAAGGUAGACAAAAGAGUAACUGUGGUUAUGCAGCAACCCUGUUUUGUGCCUUUCUAUUCUUUAUGUUGGUAGUAGCAGGACUUGUUUGUUUAUAUAUAUUUUAUGCGUUUGAGAAUUGUAAUACCAACAAGAUAUUUAUAGCCGUCAACACCAGUCUCUGUUUAUUGCUUACAGUUAUGACACUUUUACCAUGUACAUCAAAACGUAAUGUUAAUGCAGGGUUACUACAAGCAUCAGUUAUAUCUCUAUAUGUGGUAUAUUUAACAUGGUCAGCUUUAUCUAGUGAACCACCAGAAGAAAUUGACAUUUUAGAAACUGUUGCUUUAAAAGCUGCACAAAAGGGUGAUCCUAAAACUGGUGAGAAAGCAACAAAAGGAAGAGUAGGUUUUGUUUCCAGUGUUGGACAGACAUUCGUACAGAAUAUAACUUCUACCAGUUUUCAUCUUUGUAGACCUAGUUCUACCUUUCCACAAGCUGAUCUCAUCUCUGCCUACGCGGGUCUAUUAAUUAUGUUAAUUAUGGCAGUAUAUUCCAGUAUCAGAACAUCUCAUCAAGAACAUAAAUUUGGAGUUAGGGCAACUACAGAAAUUAGAGCAUGUUGUUGUUGUGUUAUUGAAAAUAGAGACAACCCAUCUGAAUUUGGGGGUCAAAAGGUUAUACACAAUGAAGUUGGAGGACUGGAGUAUAAUUAUUGGUUCUUUCAUCUUAUGUUUUGUUUAGCUGCUCUGUAUAUUAUGAUGCAGUUGACUAAUUGGUACAGACCUGAAGAGACAGAUAUCAACAAAUUUGGAUUAAAUUGGUCGGCGGUGUGGGUUAAAAUGACGUCAAGUUGGACAUGUAUACUUAUAUAUCUAUGGACCUUGUAUUUUCCACAAUGUUGCCCAGGAAAACAUUUAGCAAUUAUUAGAGAACUGGAUUUGGUAGAAGAUAGUCCUGAUAAUGCUGCUCUACAGGAUUCUGUUAUAACUCAGCCCCCUUCUGCUCAAAGUGCUUCACGAGGUGAUUCUAGAGUAUCUCUUCGUGAUAUAUCAUCAGAAGUUUAAAAUGGCUAAAAUCUCUUCUGAUUUUCUGUUCUCGAAUUGUCUGAAUAUUUAAUUUAACCAUAUAGAUACCCUGUUAUAGUAUAAUUGUCCACUCCCAUUCAGAGAAAGAAAGAGACUAUUAAAAUGGGUUCGUCUGUCUGUCUGUUCAUCACACAGUUGAGGUAGAAUGUUCAAACAUGGUAGGUGAAUGUCUUGUCUGAGUUGAUGAUGUGCAUGGUCUAAGUAUAGAUAAGCAGUUUGACUUGUUAAUGCUUUGAUUCUAAUUAAGUAAGAGUGAUGAAACUUUGUGUGUAGUUUUAUAGGUUUAUUACAUCAAUACCUUGGCCUUUGAUAAUGAGCAUUGAUGACUUUGAUAAUGAGCAUUUUCUGCUUCGGUUAAGCAGAUUGAAAAGUAGUUUGAUUGUUAGAUGCUUGAUAAAGCUGUAAUUCUACGAGUAUCAUCUAUUUAUUUUAGGGGACAUCAGCUUCACCGUGGAUUGUUAUGAGUUUCUAUGUUUUUAUAUUUUAUUAUGUGUAAUAUUUGUUGGGUUUUUUUCUGUGAUAAUGGAACUAUAGGCUUAUCAAAUCUUACUAGAUGAAAUUUGACAUUGAUCUCUAGUUUUUUGGCAUUACUUAAUACAAAAAAGUUUAUUUUACCUCAUAUUUAAGGUUGAUUGGUAUAAAUUUUAUUAUUGUAUAAUAUAACUAAACUGUGUCAAGGAACACAUUAUAUUUUCAAUAUUUAAUAGGUUUUAAGUAACAAUUGAUGCGAUGAUAUACUUAUUUAAGUGGUAAGUGAUACAAUCACAACCUUAAUGAUUAAGUUCUAAGAUGUGGUAAGUGAUGCUAUCAGUCAAAGCCUUAUUUAAUAAGUUCUGAAAUGUCAUAAGUGAUGGUAUCACAGGCACAGCCUUAUUUAAUAAGAUCUAAGAUGUGGUAAGUGAUGCUAUCAGUCACAGCCUUAUUUAACAAGUUCUAAGAUGUCAUACGUGAUGGUAUCACAUCCUUAUUUAAUAAGUUCUAAGAUGUGGUAAGUGAUGGUAUCACAGCCUUAUUGAAUAAGUUUUAUGGUGUGGUAAGUGAUGGUAUCACAGCCUUAUUGAAUAAGUUCUAAGAUGUGGAGAAUGAUGGUAUAACAGCCUUAUCUUAAACAAAUUGUUGUUUUGCUUUGAUCAUAAUUUGUUUUGUUUUUCAUUUUACCCCUAUUUAAGGUUGGUGGGUAUGUUUUUUCUAACUAAUUCUAUAAAUGUAAUUAAGCCAGACAACAUGAAGAAACAUGUUCAUUUUUGAUAUUUAUUUUUGGUAAUUUACAAAUUUCACUUGUUAAAUGUCACUUAUAUUCAUUAUGCUUUUAUCUUAACAAUGCUCAUCAUAAACAAAAAUGGCAUACGAUCUCCUGGAUAGAGAUGAUCAUUAUAAAUCUAUAUUUUGUAUUACAUUUGGCUCAGGUGAAAUUUUGAACAAAACUAUAUUAUAUAUAUUAAAGUAUGAUUUUGGUUUGACACAGAUUGGAUCUUGUUGAUAUAGCAAUAGUUAAUAAAGAUAAUCAUUAAUGCCUUAUAUUUGAUGACAGCAGAUUUGAUAGAAUCUCGUUUAUGGUCUUACUAUGCAUCUCUUUUUAUAUUGUUAAUUACUUGUUAUAUUUCGGAACAAUUGUUUAUCACUUUGAAAUUAAUGAAACAAUUGUUUAUUUCUUUGAACAUCAUGGAACAAUUGUUUAUAACUUGGAAUAUUAUGGAACAUUUGUUUAUUUAUUGGAAUAUGAUGGAACAUUUUUUAAAAUGAUAGAUGUAGUUUUGUCUUUUUAUAUAAUUUUAAUAUUUUGUAACUUAAAAAGCAAUAAUGUAGUUUUUGUAGUGUUUAUUAUGAUGUUUUAGACUUAGACUCUGAUUUGGUGUGGAAUUGAAUUGAUCUGAUAUGUUACAGUUCAAUUUUCAUAUGGAAAGAUUGUACAGUUGUUGCUUUGUUGCCAACUUUAUUUUGGCUCACAACACUGUCAACUGUUGAACGCAUAAUCAGUCAUAUAUCAAUAUUGACCUUAUCUACAGACCUGGGAACGAAAACAGAUUGUCAACACAAAACACAAUCAACACAUAAAAUGAUAUCAAAUCAAUGAGGAAGUAUUGUUAUAAUGUUGUGAUUAUAUUUUAUUACCUCCUAACGCAAAGUUUUUAUCUUUGCUUAAACUACACAUUCAACAAUUUAGUCCCAAUGUUUAUGCUAUUUAUGUGCAUGUCUGUAAUGUUUGCUUGUUUAAUAGUGUAUAUAAUAUUUAUUGAAUCACACUUCUUUAUUGUGUAUUUUUUCUAUCAAAGUUUUCAUGUAUUUUUCUGUCAAAUUUUUUGUGUAUUUUUCUGUCAACUUUUUCAUGUAUUAUUCUGUCAACUUUCAAUGAGCUCACCCCUGUAAUUUUUUGUCUACAACAAUGCAAUUGGUGUUGGGAUAUUCCAUAAUGCGUGAUUUUCUAAUCACAUUUCCUUUGUUUUGUGGAGGUUUGUCAAUGAUAAUCACAGAUGACAUGGUCUGCUAAUCUAAGUUGAAAUAAGACAUUGAGAUUUUAUUUACUGUUUUCAUCUCAUAUACCAGGUAGUACCGGUAAUACUGGUAAUUGUUAUUUUAAGGCUUGUUGUGUUAAAUUAUACAAGUUUAUCUUAUCUCAGUCAAAAUAUAAAUAUUUUUUACAUUGUUUUGUUAAAUAUUUUCAGCAUUAAGGAGCAAUUUAAAUGUUGACCUUUUUGCGUAGUGUUUAUAAUGUUUUGUGUUAAACAGUAUAUUUGGACAGUUUUAAUAACCAUGUUAUUAUAUAGCAAUUAUAAUAAUUACUAUACAAUUAAAAUAAAUGCUAAAAAUUGACAUUCUGAACAAUAUGUCACAAUAAAUGGUAAGUUUGAUAAGAAUACCACAAUUUAAAUGUUGACAUUUUUAAAUACCGUUUCUUAUAAUGUUUUGUGUUAAACACUAUAUUUGGACGGUUUUAAUAACUAUGUUAUUAUAGCAAUUAUAUUAAUUACUACGCAAUUCAAAUAAAUGCUAAUAAACUAAAUUCUAAACAAUAUGUCACAAAAAAAUGUCAAUUAAAUGUUGACAAAUUUCCAUAGCGUUUAUAAUGUUUUGUGUUACUAUAAUUGGACGGUUUUAAUAACCAUAAAUUAAAAGUUCACCACAUAUUCAUCAAAUUUAUGUAAUCAUUUAUCUAUAAGAUAAAUUAUAAGAACACCACAUAUUUAUCAAUUUUAUGUAAUCAUUUAUCUACAAUACAAAUUAUAAGAACACCACAUUUUUUUUUUAUAUUGCACUCUUAUCAACAUUAACUUAUAUUCCAUAUUAUAAGGGUAAUCAAAACAGUGAUAAGUAAUAUAUUUCUAUUAUAUAUUGUAGUAUAUUUUGAUUUAUUUAUAAUAAUUGUAGUACAAUAUAUAAUCUUUGUGAUAAUCUAUAUUUGUGAUGUCUUUAUGUAAUGCAAUUCUGUAUAUAUUAUUAUUAAGUGCCAAAUUCAGACAAUUAUCAUUGCAGAUCUGUUCUCCGAGAAAAUGUUUUUAGAGGUUUAGCUUUUGUCUGUCUUAAAGAUUAUUGGAUAUUUUUCAUUGUGGAGAUUAUUCUACGUAUUAAGACAGGGUGUUUUAAUUUUCUGAGAACAGAAUACCAAAUGAAAUAAUGAGUGUCUUUGAAAAUAAAAUUACAAGAAUUUAGGAGAGUUUGAAAAUGCUCAAUGUAAAGCUUGAUAAAGUUUUAUUUAGAUCUUUUUCUGCUUAAUUCAAAAUAUAGGUAGAUUUUAUGAUGCAAUAAGAACUAUUGGGCAAUGCAUGUCAAGUUGAACUCAGGGUGGUAUCUCUAAAGAGACUUUGACUGCCUAGUUCUUCUUUUUGGGAAGGGUUUCAUAUGGAGGAUAUAUUCUGGUACCUUGACAUUCAAUGCUAAAUGGUUUAAAUUGUAAAGAUCUAUAAAACUAUAAUUUAUUAAAGAUGCAUUAUGUAAGAGCUAAAUCUGCCUAUUGCAGGUAGUUCUGCUGGCUUUAAAUUUUAUAUCAAUUAUUAUUUCACAUGAUAAGCCGAAAAUCAACUCUCUAGAACAUCGGAUAGCUGAGAUUUAAAUGGAUUUGAACACUCACGAGAUUUAAAAAUUUAAUGAUAAAAUGGAUAAUCUAGGCCUAGUCUUGGUUGUCAAUUACCGUUGCUACAAUAAUAAAUAAUCUAUGCUACAUCUUCAAACAGUCAUAAUGUAGCCUAGAAUAAAAAAAAUUGAAGGAAAUUUUCAAUAUAUUGAUUUUUCACUAUCUUGUUUUUUUUUUAACUAUUAAAGCAAGAACAGACAGCUCUUUAUCAAGUCUUACAUAAUGUAUCUUUAAGGAGUGCAAUAUUAUAUGAUGACAAUAUACUUAGUUUUAUUUAGUAUUCUUAGUAAUAAAAUUGUCCCUUGUU